AUGGAUCGGUCUCCUGUCCCAGUCACCAGUGCUCCUGUCAUUCAGGCCUUUGGUGGUCUUAACGGCUACUGGGGUCAACUCGGGUCUGAGCCUCUCAAGGCCUACUGUGACUCUCAUCCAGAAUAUAUCACACUCUCUUUUGUGAACCAGGCUCCCGAGCACAAUCCUUCGAAUCUUCCCGGAACCAACUUUGCCGGGCAUUGUGCAGGUGGCACCUAUGGAAACUCAAAUCUCCUCAGCGAGUGCUACACUAUCCAGGAAGGAAUUCCGUACUGCAAAGAUCGCGGUGUCAAAGUUCUUCUGAGCAUCGGCGGUGUCUAUAACGAGGAAGGGAGUAACUACAAAAUGACCACUGAUGACAAAGGCCGAGACUUUGCCGACUUCCUCUACAAGUCUUUCGGCCCUCACAAUGAGCAUUCGAAUCCUAUUCGCCCCUUUGACAGCGUUGAUGACGAUGGAAAUACUGUUCAUGCCGCAGUUGAUGGUUUUGAUUUUGAUAUCGAACAUGAUCUUCCUAAUGGUCCUUACAUCGCCAUGAUCAACCGACUUCGUGAACUCGAUGAAGGACUCACCAUCACUGGCGCGCCUCAGUGCCCAACUAGCGACGAGUACUUUUACAUGAAGGAUAUGAUCAAGUCGGCCAAGUUCGAUGCCCUGUUUGUGCAAUUCUACAACAACCCUUGGUGUGAUGCCGUUUCGCAAGGUCAUGAGGGUGAAAGUUUCAACUACGACAAGUGGGUAGAGAUCAUCGAAGAAAGCGAUUGCAGUAAAGAUGCCAAGCUGUAUGUUGGUCUACCUGCUAGCGAGGAAGCUGCGCCAGGUGGAGGUUACCUUGAGCCUGAAGAUUUGAAGGAUCUUGUCUGUGAACUCACGACAAAGCCUCAUUUCGGCGGCGUUUCUCUCUGGGAUCUCACUCGUGGAGUGGGGAACAUUAUCGAUGGGAAGAGCUACAACGAACAUGUCAUGGAUGCGCUCAAGUAUGGUUGUGACCCAGUGCCAGUUCCUACCACCACCACCAGCGCCAUGACCACUACCACGGAAGAGGCUUCUACCUCGACUGAAAUCACGACAACCGAGGCAACCACGGUUGAAACUACCACUACAUCUGAUGUCUCAACAACUUCCGGCGCUUCAUCGACAGAGGAUGCUACCUCGACUGGUAUCGCUACCGCUUCGGAUGUCUCUUCAACGGAGGAGGCUACAGCAACCUCCGACGUUUCUUCCAGCGCCUCUACGGAUGCUACUACCUCUACGUAUGCUACAUCUACCGAUACAGCUGCUUCUUCCGAAGCUGUUGCUUCUACUGAUACUACUGCCACCACCAACAGUGAUGCCAGCAUCUCUACUGAUGUCGCUACCUCCAUGGAUGCAGCUACUUCUACCGAUGCUACUGCUUCUUCCGAUGCCAGCGCCUCUACUGAUGCCACUGAGUCCACAGAGACAGCUACCAGCACUGGUGUAAACACUUUCAGUGUCGUCACCGAUUCUACCGUUUCUGGAGCAUCUGCCACAGCCACAGAGUCUUUAGCUGAUACUACCAUGGAUUCAACAACUGACAGUGCCUCGGCAAGUGAUGUUCUCUCUGCUACAUCUGACUUGACUGCGACUUCUGAUACUUCUGCUGUUACUGGAGAAGCUGCUAGCUCAACUAUCGAUGCCCCCAUUGAAAGUGACACUGCAACUGGCACUACUGCAACGACCAAUGUUUCGGGAGCUACAGAGUCGACUGCUUCGGCCAUGGAGACAGAGGCCGCCACUAUCGCGACCGCCUACAGCACCUACAGAGGCUGGAACACCACAUCAACCGGCGCUGCUGCUUACACCCAAACAUACGGCAACCCUGCUACAUUUGCACAUUCUGGUUCUCUCACCACAAAGGGAUCACCUGCCUAUACCAACUAUCCCGCAAACACAGAUGCUGUUAGCAUGACCACCAGCACCAUCUGCACUACCCGAGUCCACACCGUCACCAAGUGCCCUCCUGAGGUUGUUGACUGUCCCUAUGGAUCUGUCACAACUGAGACCAUUCCUCUGUACACCACUGUCUGUCCAGUCACUGGCAAAGCUAAACCUACUGGUUACGCUACUCAGUAUGCUUCUCCUCCACAGUAUGAGACCAGGACUGUCUACACAACAAGUGUUCACACCAUCAACAAGUGCGCUCCUGGUGUCGUCGACUGCCCUUAUGGAUCUGUCACCACCGAGACCAUCCCUGUCUACACUACUAUCUGCCCUGUAACAGAGGCGUACAACCCAGCUCCUACCGACGUCCCUGUCAACCAUGAAAUCAAGACUCUCUACACCAGCCAGUUUCAUACCGUCGCUCAGUGCCCCCCUGAGAACCCCAACUGCCAAGUCGGCUCUGUCACUACUGAGAUCGCAUCAUGGACCACAGCCAUUGUGCCCGCCAAGGAGACCCAGCUCAUGAAGGCUUAUAAGCCCGCUGCCGAGAUCCCUAAGCCGCUGACAAUUGAAUCCCACCUCAAUGGCACAGUUUACACCAGCGUUGUUGUCCCACCUGCUACACUCAAGACAGCAACCAAGCCUGGUGUUUUCGAGCAGGCUAAGCCCACGUAUAAGCAGCCCGCCCAAGAGCAACACUCUGGUGUUGCGGCUCCCACUGGUGGCCACAACGGCAAGGCUCCCGUCGAGACCUAUGCUCCAGCGCCCAUCACUCCCGCUACUGCCGGCGCCUCUUCGAUGGUCGUUGGUCUGACUGCUUUGGCAGGCAUCGCACUUUUGCAAGUCGUCGCUCUAUGGUAG